AUAGUAAGUGGAAAAUGAAACGGUGAAAAAGUGGAAGUCUCCAAGUUUCUAGAACAUUCAAAGUAAGGAGAUUAUUACAUCCAUAACCUUCUUCCAAAGUGAGUUACACACCAGUUUGCUUACAGAAUCAAUCUUUCCAAAGAUGUCGCUAAUACCCAUCAACAACCGUCAAGGCAACAGUUCCAACACAUCUCUUAACCUUUGGGAUCCAAAUCCCCUAUCUCUAUGGGAUCCAUUCAUGGAUUUCCACUUCCCACUCCCUUCACCCAUCACCAAUUUCUUCCCUGAUUUCAGCUUCGGAUCAUCCCUAAACACCCGUAUGGAUUGGAGAGAGACACCGAGAGCUCAUAUUUGGAAGGUGGUGCUUCCUGGUUUCACAAACGAAGAUGUGUUUGUUGAGCUUCAAGAUGAGAGAAUGCUUCAGGUUAGUGUUGAGAGUGGUAAUUUCAUGAGUAGGUUUAAGAUUCCUGAUGAUGGUAACCUUCAAGAGCUUAAAGCGAAUAUGGUUAAUGGUGUUCUUGUUGUCACUGUUCCGAAGAUUCAACAAUCUUCUGGUUCUGGUGGGAGGAACAUUAGGGUUGUUGAAAUUGAAGGCACCGACUGAAUGUGUAUAAUCUCUUCAGUUUGUUUCCUUAAAUUGUGUCUAUUUCAAAUCAUAGUAUGUAUAUGUGUGUAUGUAUGUAUGUAUGUCUGUUCUUUUGGGAUUUAAGUUUAUUAUUGUAGUGUGUUACCAUGCUUCUAUGUGCGUGUCUAUUUCAUAUCACAAUAUAUAUGAUAUAUAAUAAUAAUAAUAAUAAUGAGUAUCUAUGAAACACAAACAAUCCUCGGAUAAUUGUGUCCUAGUGUCGGAUACGUGUCGUGUCUAAUAUCUUUAUCUGUGUCUGUGCUUCAUAGGUGUGUAUGUUUUUUUUAAUCUAUGUAAUGUUAUGUUAUGUUAGACGCAAAUAUUGUAUGUUUCA